AUGUUGGGUACAGUACUACCGAGCCGAUCCCUCGGUGAGGAGACACCGACGGAGUUUGCCAUCCUUUCACCAGCCCAUGCCAUUCUCUUCGUAGUAGUGGGCUUGCUGCUCUUUUUUCUCUACAGACAAGCUCUUCCCAAACCGAUUCCUGGCAUCCCUUACAACAAGGCUUCAGCGAAGAGCAUACUUGGGGAUGUUGCUUCACUGCAAGAGGGCAUAGCCCGAACUGGCGCGUUCCAGAUAUGGCUUCACGAACAAGCGGCAAAGCACAACUCGCCCCUUUUCCAAAUCUUCAUCCGCCCUUUCGGAAAACCAAUGCUCAUUCUCUCUGAUUUCAGAGAGGCCCAAGAUGUGCUUUUGCGGCGGGGCAAGGAAUUCGACAGAGCGAGCAUCGUGGGUGACAUGAUCUCAGGGGCUGUGCCCAAUCACCACAUCAUCAUGAAGACGAACAGCGAGUGGAAGCACCACCGAAGACUCCUUCAGGACCUCAUGUCUCCCCAGUUCCUGAACGAGAACGCCGCGCCCAUCCUCUACUCUGGCAUCCUGCAGCUCAUUCAGCUCUGGAACGACAAGGCCCGCAUUGCAGAAGGCCGCCCCUUCCAGGCCGACUCCGACAUCUACUACUCCAUUCUUGAUGCGACGACAGCCUUCUCCUUUGGAGCCGGUGCCAAAAGUGCCAUUCGUCCUACCGUGGACCUUAUAAAAGGCUUAAGUACUAAUAACAUUCGCCAGCUCCGAGGAUCAACGCCUGCUGGCGGCGAGCAGCCUCUGCACUUUCCCACUGCCAAGAUCGACGAGAGCCUCAGGGCAUCGCUUGAUGUAGCGGAUGCAAUUGAGCAGCUUCAAGGGUCGCCCGUCCCUAGACUCAAGUGGAAACUCAGCGUAGAGAGGCAGCCCGCUGUACGCCAAGCGAUCCAGAUCAAAAACGCUUUCCUCCGCGAGGAGAUCAGCAAGGCCCUGGACAGAACGCAGAACUCCAAGGAGUCCAAGGAGCAUUCUUCUGCCGUUGAACUCAUGGUUUCAAGGGAAAAGAAGCUCGCCGAUAAUGAUGGCAGGAAACCAGACUUCUUCUCUUCUAUGAUGAUGGACGAGAUCUACGGACUCAUGAUAGCAGGGCACGACACUACCAGCACCACCUUAGGUUGGGGUGUCAAGCUUCUGGGAGACAACACAGACUCCCAGUCUAAGCUCCGCGAAGUCCUCGAGUCCGCCUUUCCCGACGCUGCUGCCGAAAACCGAAACCCGACAAUCAAGGAGAUCACUGGAACCAAGGUCCCAUACCUGGAUGCCGUAGUAGAGGAGAUUAUUCGUCACGGCAGUGCCGCUGUUCUCCUGGAUCGUGAGGCUAUCUGCGACACGGAACUCUUCGGUCAUCGCAUUCCUAAGGGCACCAUCAUCCUCUCGCCCGCCCGCGGACAGAGCAUUCUGAAGCCCUCCAUCCCAGUCGACGAGUCGACGCGCAGCAAGAGCAGCCAGAACGCAAAGGCCAGAGCCUGGGACGACGCAGACAUCACUCACUUCAAGCCGGAGCGCUGGCUGGUCGAUGCCAAUGAUUCCCCGCCCGAAUUUGACCAGCAGGCCGGGCCCCAGCUUGCGUUUGGCUUUGGUACCAGAGGCUGCUAUGGACGACGUCUGGCGUACCUCGAGAUGCGUAUUAUCGUCACGAUGAUUGUGUGGAACUUCCAACUGCUUCCUUGCCCGAAGGAGCUGUCUGGCUACGCGCCCAAGGAAGGCUUCACGUAUAAGCCCAAGGACUGUUAUGUGCGCUUGCAGGCGCUUCAUUGA